GUUUUAAACAAAGAUCCGACCCUUUACCCACGUCGCAAACCCUCUCGACGCCUAUUUUUCUGUGCCAUCAGAUCUUCGUUUGUAAUAUAUGCAUGGAACUUGUUUGUGAAAAUGCCUCCCAUCGUUAUGUUCCACAGCGGCCAUUAUUGCCGGCAGCGGCUCCCUUUCCGACCUCGGCCAAUCGUGGUAUAUCCUCUGACGGUCCUCCACAGCCCUACUGAGAUGACAGGAUAUCAAGAGAUUCGUGCAAGUUGGGGAGAGCGAUUCAAUGAAGUAACCUACAAGAACAAUCAGCGGCUAUACCUCUCUGAACGGACUGAUGGCAGCCUUCCUAAUACACUUGUCAUAGCAACUGCUGAAGUUGUCAAAAGUCGGGUUGCAGCAGCAGAGCACAUAUCACAGUUCAGUGAAGAUGCUCGUUCACCUUUUAUCAAGAAGCACAAGACCAUCCUUCAUCCUGGCGAGGUGAAUCGAAUCAGGGAACUGCCACAGAAUAACUACAUUGUGGCUACUCACACUGACAGUCCUGAUGUCCUCAUUUGGGAUGUUGAAAACCAACCCAAUCGUCAGUGUGUUGCGGGCGCCAAAGCGUCUUGCCCAGACCUGAUACUGACUGGACAUCAAGAUAAUGCUGAAUUUGCUCUAUCCAUGUGCUCUGCGGAACCCUUUGUGCUCUCUGGAGGGAAGGAUAAGUCUGUGGUUUUGUGGAGCAUCCAUGACCAUGUAUCAUCUUUGGCAGCCAAUCGGAGAGCUCGACAGUUUCCAGGCUCUAAGGAUGAUGCUGUCACUGGUAGGACUGGAUAUGGCUCCACAGUUCAAGCUCGGGGAAUUUUCCAAGGACACGACGAUAAUGUUGAAGACGUCCAGUUUAAUCCGUCGAGUGCCCGGGAGUUCUGUAGUGUUGGUGAUGACUCUUGCCUCAUACUGUGGGAUGCAAGAACUGGUUAUUCUCCUGUCUUAAAGGUUGAAAAGGCUCACAGUGCUGACAUUCAUUGUGUUGAUUGGAAUCCUAACGAUCUCAAUCUAAUUUUGACUGGAUCUGCUGAUAAUACUGUUUGCAUGUAUGACCUUCGCAAACUUACUUCUGGAGGAGUUAAAUCCCCCAUUCACAUAUUUGAAGGCCAUGCUGCUGCUGUCCUGUGUGUGCAGUGGUCCCCAAUGAAAGCUUCUGUAUUUGGCACUUCUGCAGAGGAUGGUAUCUUGAAUAUCUGGGAUCACUCAAAGAUUGGCAACAUGGAGGGCGGUUCUGGAACAGGAAAUUUGGGUUCGCCAGGCUUAUUCUUUCAACAUGCAGGGCACAGGGAUAAGGUCGUCGAUUUUCAUUGGAAUGCAUCAGACCCGUGGACUAUUGUUAGUGUAUCUGAUGAUGCAGCUAACAAUGGCGGCGGUGGAACACUACAGAUAUGGCGAAUAAUUGACUUUCUCUAUCGGGCGGAAGACGACGUUGUUAAUGAGAUGGGCAAUUACAGAUCUCACAUACUGCCAUGCUCUUCCUCUAGGAGGAAAUGAAUCUUCAUGUCUUCUGAAACUCUGAUACAUUUAAACGUUAAGUUUAUGGGGCAUUGUCCUCAAAGUUGUUGAAAGAUUGAAUCUUGGCUUUUUUGCUGUGACAAAGCAGCUAACCUUUAUCUCCCUCUAUCUUGCAUUUGCUA